AUGCCCAGCCCUGUCCGCCGCGCCCCCAGCGCCUCGGUGCCCGUGGGGCUCCCCAUGAUCCCGGCGGAGGGUUCGGCGCUGCUGCGCGCCGUAUCCCAAGGGAAAUUCCGCCUGACCCGGCUGCUUCUGGAGGGGGGCGCCUACAUCAACGAAGGCAAUGCGGCGGGCACGACGCCGCUGAUGGCAGCGUGCCGUGCCGGCUACGCCGACCCGCCCGAGCAGCCGCGGAUGGUCCAGUACCUGCUGGAGAACGGCGCCGACCCCAACAUUCCCGACAAAUCCGGCAAGACGGCGCUGAUGCAUGCUUGCGCCGAGCGCGCCGGCCCGGCCGUGGUCGCCACCCUGCUGGCCCACGGCGCCGACCCCAGCGCCCGGGAUUACGCCGGUGGCUCGGCGCUGGUCUACGCCUUGGAGCGCGGGGACCGGGAAACGCUGCAGGUGCUGCUGGACGCGUGCCGGGAGCGCGGGCGCGAUGUCAUCAUCAUCACCUCGGCCACGUCGCCCCGCGGCACCAAGACCACUCGGCAAUACCUGAACUCGCCCCCGUCGCCCGCGCUCUGCGCGUCCCCCUCCCAGGUGCAGGUGCGGGCGGCGGCGUCGCCGGGUGCCGGCGCGACGGACGAGGAGCGCGACGUGUUCCGCUUCCCGCCCGCGGCUCCGGGGGCCGCUCCAGAACCAUCCCGGGCCGGGCCCAAGCGGCAGCUGAAGAGGCUCAACUCGGAGCCGUGGGGGCUGGUGGUGCCAGGGGUGGAAGGGAUGCGGGGACCCUCCGAGGGGACACAGGGACCCUCAGAGGGGACACAGGGACCCUCAGAGGGAGCACGGAGAACCUUAGAUGAGAUACGGGGACCCCUGGAAGGGACACGGAGACCCUUGGAGGGGACAUGGGGCCCCUCGGAAGGUUCGUGGGGUUCCCCUGAGGGCCCACGGGGACCCCUGGAAGGGACGUCAGCCUCCCCAGAGCGGCUGGCGCUGGGGCUGGAGGAGCUGCGGUUGCGGCCGCGCCGGCACAGUGUGGAGGGGCGCGAGGUCUCAGAGCUGCCAGGAAUCACCUGGGCAGAACGAGUGCCCCCUGUCCCCACCCCGGGGCGUUGGCCUCCAGCCCCCGACCCUCCACGGGGCAAACCCCUGCGCCGGGACCCCCCUAAUCCUGAGCUAGCCACCCCCGGGCCGCUCCGGCACCCGGCUGGGCUGCUGGAACGCCGUGGUUCUGGAACGCUUCCCCUGGAGCCCCCCGGGCUGGGCAGGGCCGGGCUACUUCCCCCGCUGCCCCCCCGAGCGCUGCUCCGCCGGCAUUCCAUGCAGCCAGAGGCCCUGAGGCACCUUGGGGCUUUCUGCGGGGGGCUGGCUCCUGAGCCUGGCUCUUAG